AUGCCGACCUCAGUUAAAACAUACGUGGCGUUUGCUUUUGAUACCUUAUACACAAGCCUAACAAAGGAUGCUCCAAUUUCCCUUUCUAAACUAAGGCAGGUGGUUGAAGGUACAAAAGAGAAGCCUAAAAUUGAGCAUUUUCCCCUUUUCGUCACAUGGAACAUUCUCCACUAUGGAAGAAGAGAGCUUAGAGGAUGCAUUGGAAACUUUUCAAAUCUUAAAUUGCCCGAUGGGGUUAAGCAGUAUGCCGUUAUAGCCGCCAUGGAAGAUCCACGUUUUGAUCCAAUAAAGGUGGAUGAAUUGAGUAAAUUAUCUUGCUCGGUAACCCUUUUAAAGAACUUUGAAAAGGCGAAAGAUAUAUAUGAUUGGGAAAUAGGCAAACAUGGUAUCAGAAUACUUAUUAAUGGAAGGUCAACUGCCACAUUUCUUCCUGAUGUCGCAUCAGAGCAAAAUUGGACAAAGCAACAAACACUUCAAGCUUUAGUCGAAAAAGCGGGCUUUUACGAGAAUUAUCAAGAUCUUGAUAUCCAGCUUACACGUUACCAGGGAAUAAAGGACACGUUGACUUAUAAAGAUUAUAUUUCUAUCAGAGAAAAGGCUCAAAAGUUAGAGGUUGAAGAAUCCAACUAA